AAAUACCUCUAAAAAUUCCUUAUUCAUGACUUGCUUCACACUCCAUGACAAGGGCCACUAUUUUCUUGUGAUGUUGAGAAGUGUCCACCCUGGCCAAAGUUCCUAGCCACUGACAGCCCUUCACAUUUAGCAUUUUCAGUCACUCUCAUCAGGCUCUCUUAACCCAAGGGCUGCAUUUCCAAAAGAACAAGACCCUUGCCAACAAACUUGAAAUUCAGCAGUCCCACAGAAGGGGGACUAAAGGAGCUGUUACUUUCCCACUAUUUCCAGAACAGGUCUGUGUCACACUGUUUACAUCAUGCAUCAUUCAUCUGCUGUGAUGAAAUGUAACCCUGUGUUUUAAAAAAAGACUUCUGCAACGGUGAGGAUACUCUAUCUUUGUGAGAAGCAUGUCACAUAUUUUCCAUAGGCAUCAACUGCUCCUGCUUCUAUUUAAAUCUGUGUGGCCCUCUUCAGAGGGCAUUAUUCCCUCCAGGAAGCCCAUUCAGAAGGUGCUGAGCAGAAGGAGGGGAGAAGCCAGGAUGGCAGCAGACAGCAGCAUGGCUCCCGAAGAAAAGCCGAGCGCAGCUCCUGUGAGAAGGGCUGUCCACAAGAUCCGGAUGGCCAGCCAGGUCUUCAGCUUGGCUCGAGGCUGGCAGCAGUGGGCAUCUGACCACCAUGGAAAGCAAGAGCAAGAGCCCUCUGGAUGGGUCCCCACUGCAGAAAGCUCAUCAGCUCAGCCUGUACAAGAAAGUUCCUUUGAAAAAUGGCAAAUUCCAUCUGUCAAGAGGGACCAAGAAAAAGGUGAUGAAAAAUCCUUAGCAAAGGAUUCAGUGACAAUAAGAGAUGCUGAAAAAAAAUCAAGGGAAUCAGACGAAGAUCUCAAAACAUUCAGCAUUAAAAGCAAAGAGGUGACCAAAACAGUUGUCAGCAAAGCCUAUGAACGAGGAGGUGAUGUCAGCCUCCUCAGUGAAAGAUACGAAAACAACAACAGCAGCUCCGAGAUGACCAAACUCAAAGAAGAAUCAAAUGCUAUUGACAAAAUUCUUAGCAACAAAUUACCUUCAACCAUAAGGAGGAAGUGUUCAAAUGUAGUAUCAGAGAUGACCAAGGGCUGGGAGAAGAUGGAAGACGAGAACAAAGAUGGGGCCAAGAGAGAGCUGCUGCUGAAGUGCCGUGAUGACAGCCUGGAUGCCCAGGACAGUGGCUAUGGGGAAGCAGAGGACAAGCUGGAGCAGGAGGACAGUGACCAGGAGGUGACAGCUGUGAGGAUUAAACGCCCUGUCCCAUCUCUCGCCAGCCGGCUGAGCGAGGAGGCGCGGAGCAAGGCGCGCAGGAAGUGCAGCGCCGUGCACAGCCUCAAGGACAGGUGGCAGGAAUGGGCCGACCAGCACAUCAUAACGCAGAAGCUGAACCCCUUCAGCGAGGAGUUUGACCACGAGCUGGCCAUGUCCACGCGCCUGCACAAAGGGGAUGAAGGGUAUGGCCGCCCAAAGGAAGGCACCAAAACUGCCGAGAGAGCCAAGCGAGCUGAGGCGCACAUCCACCGGGAGAUCAGGGACUUGUGCUUCAUCAUUGAGUCCAUGGCCAAGCCGCGGCCCGAUGGCAAGAUCCAAGUCACUUUUGGGGAACUCUUCGACAGAUACGUUCGUAUUUCAGAUAAGGUUGUCGGGAUUCUCAUGAGAGCCAGGAAACAUGGGCUGGUGGACUUUGAAGGAGAAAUGUUAUGGCAAGGAAGAGAUGAUAAUGUCAUCAUUACUUUAUUAAAAUAAGUUAGGCUAUAAUCAGAACAACUUUGGAAAACUUUUCUCCUCUUCUCCCUUGCCAUUAGCAUUUGCACAUUUUGAACAUAAGGUUCCCUUGUUCACCACAUAGAAAAGUGUAUUUUUUGUAAUAUGUAUUUUAUAACUAGUGCAUGAAAACCCAAACACCCAAAUGGACUUCAUUUUGUACCAGAAGUGCUUUCAGGACAAGUUAAUUACUACAUAAAAAAUAAGGAGAAAAAGCUAUAUGGAAUAUAAGCAGCUGAUGAUAAAAGUCCAUAGCAAUAUAAAUAGCUACAGGAAUAUGAAACAUAACAGAUCAGAAGCUGAAUAAGAAAAUAAACUCAGACAAAGGUUUUGAUCUGAAAAAUGCUCUUGUGCAUGCACUUUCUAAUUAAUUGAUUUAAAUACCAGUAAAAUUACCUUAUUUUAAUACAGAAUCAAACAUACAUUUUUUUUCUUUUCAAGCACAAUAUGUAACUAUCACUGCAAUAUUCUCUUGGUGAUACAACUGUUGACACAGCUUUCUCUUACAUGUCACAUAAAAAAACCUUUUUAUAAAUGGGGUUUUAUAUAUUUAUUGUAUUUAUAUAACUAAUUUUUUAGAUUAUUUCAUAUGUAAACUUAUGGAGUUUGGAAUGUAAUGAAUAAAAAUGUUUUGAUUAGAUAGCUACCUAAAAAUACCUCCUAUAUAAUGUUGUGCAAUGUCUUAUCUGAUUAUCUAUGCUGAUACUGUUCUUAUAAAUACAGAAAAAAAUAAUGCGUAACAUAUAAAAACUAGCCAGGUACUUGUACUUUUGUAUACAGCAAAAAAGUGACUAACAUCAUCAUCUUCCAUUGAAAUGUACCUCUGU